AGGUACCUAUAUCAUGCGCGUUUUCGCAGGUAUAUAAGUAUGUCAACUGCGGACUUCGCUGCGGUUCGUCCGUUCAUCCAGACAACAUUUAGUCAGGGAGUAGUAUUCAGUAUCUAUCAGUCUCCCUGUCGCUGCUGUGGUUUAUCGACUCUUCUGUCGCUUUUAUUUCGGCUGUCUGGCCGAUUAACAGGUGUGGGAUGUCAAGGGUGUAUACGUGGUGUGCUAGAAAUCGAGUAUAAACAUACAAGUUGAAGAUCGCACAAGCGAGCGUGUAAGCGAAGCAACAGUGUAAAUACAAGAGGCAUAAGCGAUGUGAAAUUGGGAAUCAGCUGAUUCUAUAUAAGCUGCAUUGCCGCUGUUAUUACCUAAAUACUUAGGAUAUACAAAAAAGUUUUGCCACACGCCAAGGAAAUAUCGCAAUGGAGGACAUUUUUCAGAAUGGAAAUAGAGGAGAGGCGGCGACGACAAACACUACCGCUGUCAAUGUUGUGGAAAUUCGAAAAGAAGACACUCUUCUGGAUCAUAUGGAAAUCACAAUAGUUGAAGCUGAAAAAAGAGCAAAUGGCGCCCUUAAUUUGAAAGAAUUUUAUACGGUCUAUCUCAUUGAAACAAAAGUCAUCGAUCCAGAAUUCAAAGAUGUCCUGACAAAUAUAAGUUCUUUGUGGCGUAGAUACACAGAAUUUGAAUUGCUACGAGCAUACUUAGAAAUAUCAUAUCCGUACAUAGUGCUACCUCCGUUACCAGAGAAAAAAGUUCUGUACGCUUGGCAAAAAGUUACCACUGAUACUUUUGAUCCUGACUUUGUGGAUCGCCGACGUGCUGGAUUAGAGAACUUUCUUCUGAGAGUAGCAUCUCAUCCAGUCUUAUCAUUCGACAAGCAUUUUAUGGGAUUUUUACAACAAAAAGAUGGAUGGAGAGAAAGUAUCAAAGAGACUGGGUACUUGCAAAUUGCUGAAUCAAAAUUGAAAGCUUUAAGUGUAUCUGUUCGUCUUCGAAAACCAGAUAAGCGCUUUGAGACAGUAAAAAAUUAUGGAAUAGAAUUACAGAAUAACUUGUGCAAUGUACUUCGGAUCCGUGCUAGGUUAGCUGAAAAACAGUACAGUUUUUACAAACUACAUGCAAAUUAUGGACGGGUAUUUAGUGAAUGGAGUGCCAUUGAAAAAGAAAUGGGUGAUGGUUUGCAGAAAUCUGGUCACUAUUUAGAUUCACUGGCUGCAACAAUAGAUACAACUCUUGAAGAAGAAGAACUAAUUGCAGAUCAGUUGAAAGAAUGGCUAUUUGGAGCAUCUGCACUUCAAGCAGUAGUUAGACGUCGCGAAGCAUUGCAAUUAAGCAAAGAGGAAGCCUCUGAUAAUCUUACUGCCUUGCAUGAACAAAAGGAGAAAGUGAUUCAAGGAAAAUCUGGUCUUAUGUCAAGGCUGUUUGGAUCUGUAGAUACUGAAGAAGUUCGAGAAUUGAAAAUAUUACAGCUAGAGCAGAAAAUUAAUCAAGGUGAAGAAGUAGUAAAACAAACUGACCAAGAGUUGAUAUUAUUUUCUGAAAAGGCAAUGGAAGAUAUUGAAAGAUUCCAAGUACAGAAAGUUAUUGACCUCAGAGAAACGUUAACGGCAUAUUGUGUCCUUCAAUUUAAACUGGCUAAAAAAGGUCUUCAAGCUUGGCAGCACAUUAAACAAUGCUUGGAAAGUAUGCCAUAAUAGUGCUGAUUGACUGAUAAAUCCCAAUUUUUUAUAUUGGAAGAUUAAGGAGUUAAAAGUUGUAAAAAAGUUUUUUGAAUGAUAGUUAUUAUUUAGGAUAAAGGGCAUUUUCUCAAAGAGAGAAGGGCACUCCUAAAUCUGUAUUAGUCUAAGUUUUUUUAUUUAGUUUUCCUUAGGUAUUUAAUUUGCGUACUACAUUAUGCAGUAGUUUUAAAAAAAGUUAUUUAAAAGUUUAUUGAUUAAAGCGCGCUUAGUAAAAUCGAAUCUUUGAUGAUUCAGCCUUAAAAGGCUGAAGAACAGAGACUGAUUAUAAAUGACAUUUAAAGUCGUUUUAAAGCACUUAAUGUAUUUAUAUGCAUAUUUGUACAUUGGUAAUUUUGUAUAGAAAAUCAAAUUUUUAUAGUAAUUUCAUUAGCCAAAAAAUAAUGUGAUCGUUCAAAUGUAUACUUUUCUUAAAAAGUUAAGUAAAUUAUCACUUAACUUCUCACAUCAAAUAUUCAAAUUUCUAAGGCAUAAUGUAGAUCUUUUUUUACCGAAAUUGUAAUAAUGUAAAACUUUUAAUGAAUCUAUGCAGUUCAUGAGUAUAUUUAACUGGAUAGAUGAACUUAUAUUCUUGGAUACGGCAAAGAUAGCUUAUAUAGUAAAAUUAUUUUUAAAAUAAUUGUCGAGUUAGCAACAAAUAUAAUAACAGUCAUAUUGUUUAUAAUAAUCGAAUCGUAUUAAAAUAUUUCAUUUUGGUCGAUUUGUAUUCAAAUGUUUGGUAAAUAACAGAUAUCGAUUUAAAAAGUAUUGUCAUUUAAAUGUAAGUGAUAAAUGGUGCCUCAUUGUCGUCUUAGGUUUAGGUACCUAUAAUAAAAACAAAACUAAAAAUGUUGGUGUUCAAAAAUGUUCCUUACUUAUUUGUGAGAAAAAUGAAUACAUUCCGUUAAAAUAUAUAUGCAUAUUACAAGACUCAUCACUCACUAAUUUAUAACAUAUCUUAUUUUAAUGUACCAUAUAUUUUUAUUGUUGAUAUUGAUGUUAAUAAUUUAUUUAAGAAAUGCGUCCGUAUCUGCUCGAUUGUUGUAUGAAAUUUUUUUUUUGGAAGUAUGUAUUUUUACUUCUGAAUAAAUAUUUAUUAGUCAUGCAUCAUA